GCUAUAUAGAGAUAGGUAGUAUAAUUUAAGAUACCAUGUGCUUGAUUUCAAGUCUUACUACCAAGCAAGCUAGUACCAAUGGGAUGAUUUUGAACACCAUUUCUGAAAGUUUCCAACAUUGCAGGUUUUGGAAAGAUUCUCAACUAGACGAAUUUGUUAAUACCAAAAUCUCUUAUGUUUUGACCAUUUAGGCUGCUUAAGAGUGAUUGCUUUGAUUAUCGUAUCCAAGUUUCUAUUGGUUUUGUUUGUAUUUGAACAAGAUCUCUCUAUUGCAGGGUAGUUCAUGGCAAUGGGGAGAGAGGAGCUCUCACCACAGGACUUCAAAACCACUAAAAAUAAUUGGAUUCAAUAUACCAAGAAAAAUAAUAUACGUCUUCCUGAGGGCUCAUAUACUGACUUCGAGUGGAAAGAUUAUUGUCCUUCGGUUUUCAGAAGCAUUCUAGAGCUAGAGAAAAUAGACUAUGGCGACUAUAUGAUGUCGAUUUGUGCUGAUGAGACCCUAAGAGAGGUCUCUGCACCAGGAAGAAUUGGCAACAUGAUAUUUCUGUCAAAUGACGACCGAUUUGUGAUAAAAACUCUACGAAAAUCUGAAGUCAAGGUUCUCAGGGAGAUGCUUCCAAAGUACUAUCGACAUCUAAUAAAACAUGGGUUUUCAUUGUUGACCACGUUAUAUGGACUGCAUGUAUUGAGACCAAUCGGAGGUAUUAAGGUUUAUUUUGCAGUCAUGUCUAACGUAUUGCGAUCAGACUUGCACUUGCAUCGGCGAUAUGAUCUCAAAGGGUCAUCGAGAGGUCGAAAUUUUAAUAAAGUGGUAGUCCAUGAGGAGAUAAUAUAUAAGGAUAUAGAUCUCGAUUUCUACUUUUACCUUGAACCUUCACUCCGUAACAAGAUAUUGUCGCAACUCAAGUAUGAUUGUGAGUUUUUGGAGGCUGAAGGCAUCAUGGACUAUAGUCUUUUGCUUGGUGUACAUAUAGAAGCCUCCUCGCGUCAAGGCCCAGUAGACAGGAGAAAUUCUAUUUCUGGAACAAGGACCGUUCUGGUACAUGAGGGUGCAGACUCGACUGUUGCUGACAUUCUUAAACGUAAUGGCAGGUUUGGUGCAAGGCUUCCUGCUAGUGCAGUCCGGACGCCAAGGAACGAGAUGGGGAUUGUUUCUUCAUCAAGCAGGGUCAGGGUGCCAGAGUGCUACAAUGUAUUGCUAUACUUUGGAAUAAUAGACAUUUUCCAGAAUUACAAUGUGAUAAAGCGUCUGGAGCAUGCUUACAAAUCGAUACAAUAUGAUUCAAAGUCAAUCUCAGCCGUGAAUCCCAAAGUAUAUUCUUCUCGUUUCCAGGAUUUUCUUGGCAAAGUAUUUCUAGCAAGAGAAUCAAACAAAAACUGGAGUUUUGACUACUGAUGAUCCAUGUCAAGUCAACCCAGUGGGGAGAAAUCAACAAAAAGUUAUGUUUGUUCCUUGCCCACAUCAUGAUUCGCCAAUCAUAAUGUAUAAUAGGAAGGCCUCGUGGCUCAGGUAGGAGAGGAGAUUGUUAGCAGAGACAAAUGCAUUUACUACAGCUGAAAAUGAAGAUGAUGCGCCCCAUUGUUGCAGGAAGACCGAGAGAGAUUAUUUUUAGAAAUGGGUCUGGCGUUAUCUUUUGGUUCAUGCUAGAUUUUAUAGUAAAAACGUUUAAUUGUUGUGUUGUUGCCUGAGAUUUCUUUACUUCAUGGCUGUUUUGGCCUUGUUUUGUAUUCAUUUUCAUGAGGAAAGUGAGGAGCACAGAUGAAAUGUGAUUGAAAAUUUACGUAAAAGAGGGUUAUUAGAGAGAAGGAGAUAACCCCAUUUGUUGUUUAUAAGGGAAAAAUUAAUCAAUCA